AUUAAAACAAAUUUUACCAUUAGAAAAACACACUUUUCCGGAAUCAAAUUUAUAUAAAUAUGUAUCGAAACAGAUUAUUCGAUAUAGUUUGGUAGAUACAGAUUGCUUUUACUCAAGACAUUACAUUUUCCCCUAACAACCAAUCAAAAUGCUACAACUGCUGUUCACAGUCGCCUGUCUGAUCGCCUGUGUGCUAUGUAACUCCUACAGACGUCCAUCCUACGGUCAGGCAAAUGUCGGCGUUAUAGCCAAAACUGGUGUGGAUGGUGAAGGCAGACGGGUCUCUGGAAGUGGAGGUAGGAUAGAGUCUGGCUUCUCCGGUCGUAGAGGAGGGGCUGUAUUUGAACGUGUGGUUUCUGGACGUAGAGGAGGGACCGUAUUGGAUGAUGUGGUGUCCGGACGCAGAGGAGGGGCCGUAUUUGAUGAUGUGGUGUCCGGACGUAGAGGAGGGGCUGUAUUUGAUGGUGUGGUGUCCGGACGUAGAGGAGGGGCUAUAUUUGAUGGUGUGGUGUCCGGACGAAAAGGAGCCGGAGUAGUAGGCAACAAAAGAAGAGGUGUCGGUUUUGGUUUUGAGGACUUUGUAUCAGGGAGAAGAGUCGGAUCAGGCGUUGCGGAUCGUUUCGGUGGACCGGAUAUAGGCACUCGAGGAAAUGACGACGUUGUGGCCGGACGCACAGAACGUCGCUGGGGUCAAGGAAGUAAUAUAUGGUCGGACAGGAGGGACGAUGGAUGGACAGAAACCAGGGGAAGCCAAGUUCGGCCAAAUAUACCCGCUAAAUCAUAUAAUUGAUACGAUUGAUACGGCAAAAGAGCAUAACCUAGGAUAUAGAAAUAUAAUCAAUGUUUAAAAGGAUAAACAAUUCCAUUUAUAAUAGGAUAGAUAUUUCAAAGGCUUUUGCCAACCAUGGACAUCCUGUUCUAAAUUUAAACAUAUGUCCAUUGUUACUCAGUGUUAAUGUAUAUAUACCAAAUUAUAUGACUCAUAAGACAGAAAAGUAUAAAGAUUUUCUAGAAACGUGAGACGUCUAAUGAUUAAACAGAAAAUAAACUGUGAACAUAGGUUCCUAAGUUUGCAUUUUUCUACUUUUUCAUAAGAAUGAUAUCCAAAGGUUAGGACACGAAAAGCAUUAUUCAUGAUGAAAUCGUCAACAAAAUGUAAUAUAUAAUAAAUAUAUAUUGAGAUUUA